CCCAUUAACAAUUUAUUCCAUUCAUAAAACCUUUAUUAUAAAUACACAUACACCUAACUUCACUUCUCAUCAAAGCCAAGUAGAAAAAAGCAAUUUAGUUCCAAAAUUACCCUUCUCCAUAAAUUUUAUUCCAAAUUUAUACAAAAUGAGAACUGUAAGUACCUUUGUUACCGGAAGAACUCCAUUGUCGCCGGCGGAAAGUAUUCAGAGAUCCACGUGGCAUUCUCCGGCGCCGUAUUUAUUCAUCGGUCUUUCAGCAAUGCUAGGGUUAAUAGCAUUUGCGCUAUUAACCCUAGCUUAUUCUUGCUGGAGAAACUCCGGCGAGAACGGAGGAGACGCCGGUGAUGUGGAAUCCGGCGGCGCCGGGGAGAAAAAUGCCGGAGAUGUGUUGAAGUUGGAGACAGAUUUAGAAGAGAAAAUUGUAGUGAUAAUGGCGGGAGAUUUGAAUCCGAGUUAUUUCGCUACGCCUGUUUGGAUGAAUAUUUGUAAGUUUGGUGAUGAAAAUGGGAAAGUUGAGAAGAAAUCGGAAAUGGAAAGAGGAGAAUUAAGUGAUGAGAAGGUGAAAGAAGAAGUAAUUAGGGACCAAAAUCAUGAGGAAAGUCAUUGUGCUCGAAACAAUAUCUGUAUUUGAGUCUGACUAAUUUGAAAAAUUCGUACUGUAGGAUUCACUGGACGAGAUUGAACAAGACUAAUUUGAAUUCGAAUUAUAGGAUUCACUCGAGGAGAUUGAACCAGACUAAUUUGAAUUCAUAUUACGUAGAAUUCACUCAAGGAAAUUGAAUUCUACAUGUUUGAAAUUGAGACUCUGAUCAAACAACAAGCAGCUUCGCAAUAUUGUUUGAGGAAUGUUUUUACCUUUUUAACUUUAUUUUUUAAUAUUUAAAAAUCCUACUUUUAGUUUGGAUUUUCAGUUUUGACAUUCCGGAGAAUGUAAGUUUUGUUUGAGAUAAGAAUAGUAGCGAGUUUAAGUUUUUUACAUUUUUAUAAGCUUUUAUAUUCGAGUUUUCUAAAGUAC